AUGGAUUUGGCUCUGCAAGUCAUAGUGUUGUUUCAGUUCUUCCUGGGGAUCACUGUAAAUGGAUUCAUCGUCGGGGUAUUUUUCACGCAGUGGAUAACUGGUGGAAACCUCAAUACCAUUGACACAAUCCUUAUUGUUGUGGGUCUAAUGAGAUUCCUCUGGCAUUGGGUCAUUUCUUUGACCAAUUUAUUGCCUGACAUUGAGUUACCGGUAUCUGCUACUUUUAUUUCUUUUAUCAGCUCUUUAUUAAACUGGAACAGCUUUGGGCUGGUUUCCGUGCUCUACGUCACCUACUGUGUCAAGAUCUCGAACUAUAACAACGCUGUUUUCCUUUACAUCAAGCUCAGGAUCUCCAAAACAUUAAAAUGGCUAACUGUGGCCACUCUGGUGAUUAAUUUGGCUUACAGUGUCAUUUCAGUUCCGUGGGAUGUUGUUUUGUCCCAUCAGAAUAAUUCCGACAUUUUGCUUGGGAACAGCCCAUUUAUCAUUACAGGGAUAACCACGGACUAUAGCUUCGUUCUGUUCUGCAUUGUGUUUUCCAUUUCAUUUGUAAUACGCUUGGCCUCUAUGUUGGCUUUGAUCCACUCUCUCAGGAGGCACAUGCAGCAGAUACAAUGUAGUGGGACCCCCAUACAAAACCCGCAUCUGGCAGCCCAUUUAAGGGUAAUAAAAGUACUGAUAUUAUUUCUGUCCCUUUACAUUAUGUAUUUUACAUCAUUGAUCAUUGGUUCACUUGAUAAGUAUAAAACAAAACGGCUAUCCAUUCCCUAUGUUAUUAUUCUCUGCUUCUACCCCUCUGUCCAUUCCGGGGUCCUGAUCUUCUCCAACAGGAAAUUGAGAAAAGCCGGUCUGGCCAUGUAUCAUAGAUCCAUUAAUUGUGCAAAGACCAGGAAACCAAACACCCAAAUCCAGAACACAGUGUGAAUAUGUUGAGUACGUAUUUGCCUACUGUAACUGUUCAUUAUUGUUUCACGUCUGCCAGUUUGUUUGCCUCUGUCUUUCCUACUGAUGCUAGACGGAGAUUUGAUAC